UUGAAAUGUGUCCUGUUUGAGGCUUUAGUGCGCCAGAGAAGUCGUCUGUGGUCAGAGACUGUGACAUUACGAGGGACGGAGGACACCGAGGUCGAUUAAUUUAACUUAUAAGUUAUUUUUAUAAGGCGAAAGCAGGAAACGGAUAAUUCGUUGAGGGGGAGACGGACGAGCGAACAGCACCACUCGACUACUGCAGCAGAGGAGGACAUCUCUCUGCAAACAUGGCUUCACACAACCUGAGCGGAAUCAAACGGGAUGAGAAGGGCAGAAACAUCCAGGUCGUUGUCAGAUGCAGGCCUUUCAACACAAUGGAGCGCAAGUCAUCCCACGGGGUCAUCGACUGCGAGCCAAACAGAAAGGAGGUGCUUGUGAGGACAGGAGGAGUAAACGACAAAGCGGCACGGAAGACCUACACGUUUGACAUGGUGUUUGGUCCAGCAGCCAAGCAGAUUGAGGUGUACAGGAGUGUUGUGUGCCCGAUUCUGGAUGAAGUGAUCAUGGGAUACAACUGCACUGUUUUUGCCUAUGGUCAGACUGGAACAGGGAAAACGUUCACCAUGGAGGGAGAGAGGACUCCAAACGCAGAGUUUACCUGGGAGGAGGACCCUCUGGCCGGCAUCAUCCCCAGAACGCUGCACCAGAUCUUUGAGAAGCUCUCUGAGAACGGCACAGAGUUUUCAGUCAAAGUGUCUCUGCUGGAGAUCUACAACGAGGAGCUGUUCGACCUGCUCAGCACUACCGAGGACGUCACCGAGCGGCUUCAGUUAUUUGACGACCCACGCAACAAGCGAGGCGUGGUGGUGAAGGGUCUGGAGGAGGUGACGGUUCACAACAAAGAUGAAGUUUAUCAAAUCCUGGAGAGAGGAUCAGCCAAGAGGAGGACGGCCUCCACGCUCAUGAACGCCUACUCCAGUCGUUCCCACUCGGUGUUCUCAGUCACCAUCCACAUGAAGGAGAUCACUAUGGAUGGAGAGGAGCUGGUGAAGAUUGGCAAACUCAAUCUGGUGGAUCUGGCUGGCAGUGAGAACAUUGGGCGCUCUGGUGCGGUGGACAAGCGUGCUCGCGAGGCGGGAAACAUCAACCAGUCACUGCUGACUCUGGGUAGAGUGAUCACUGCUUUGGUGGAAAAGAGGCCUCACGUCCCGUACAGAGAGUCAAAGCUGACCCGAAUCCUGCAGGACUCGCUGGGAGGACGAACAAAGACCUCCAUCAUCGCCACUGUGUCACCCUCCUCGAGCAACCUUGAGGAGACUCUGAGCACGCUGGAGUACGCCAGCAGAGCCAAGAACAUCAUGAACAAGCCUGAGGUCAACCAGAAACUCACCAAGAGGACGCUCAUCAAGGAAUACACAGAGGAGAUCGAGCGUCUGAAACGUGACCUGGCUGCCACACGAGACAAGAAUGGAGUUUACCUUUCUACAGAGAACUACGAGAGUAUGAUGACUCGGAUCACCGCUCAUGAGGAGCAUUCGACUGAGUACAUAGACAAGAUCGCUGCCAUGGAGGAGGAGAUAAAGAAGGUGACCGAGCUGUUUGCAGACAGUAAGACCAAACUGGAGCAGUGCACUAUAGACCUGGAUGAGAAGCAGCAAAGGCUAGAAGAGACGAGCCAGGACCUGCAUCAGACCAAAGAGAAGCUGAGUCAGGAGGAGUUUAUCUGCUCGGAGCUCAGCUCGGUGCAUGAGACGCUCUAUGGCACAGCGGGGCAGCUGCUGAGCACAGUGGAUGCCAGCACCAGUGACGUGUCGGGCCUCCAUGAUAAACUGGACAGGAAGAGAAAGGUGGAGCGGCACAACACUGAGAUCCAGGAGAGUUUUGCCGAGCGGAUGGAGGGAGCUCUCGGCAACAUGCAGCGCUGCGUUCAGCAGCAGGGACUCAAACACCACGACAUGUUGAGCAGCUACUCACAGGCCAUCGAUGGUGUUCUUGUGAUGAACCAGGCAGCACUGAAAGGAGCUCUGACCACUGUGGAGUCCUUUGUUGGUGGAGUUGGGCAGCUGGUGGCUGAGGGCGUGGCUCGCUGUCAGGACAGAGUGCAGCAACAGGAGGCUAUGUGUCUGAAGGAUAAGGAGAGUCUGCUGCAGCUGCUGGAAGAGCACCGUCAGGACAUGGAGGAGGUCUUGGUGGUUCGGACUCUGAUGGGUCUGUCAGCUGUCAAAGAGCUUAAUGACACACUGAGAGCUACAGUGGAGACGCAGCGAGCGCUGGCCGACAAGGUGGAGGCGAUGAAGGAGGUUGGUGUGUUUUUCAGCAGCCUGGUGCAGGAGCUGGCAGGGCUGCGGGAGGCCUCAGUGCAGGGUCUGAGCGCUCUGCAGACUCAACAUGACAGUCUGGAGGACGAGAUCAGACAGGCGCAGGAGAGACACCAAUCGGGUAUGAAGCAGACCAUCCAGUGUUUGCAGGACCAGCUUAACCUGCUCUCCAUGGAGGUUCAGAAGGACUUCACUGAUCUGCGCUCGUCCUCCAAAGCUCUGCAGAAACCUCUACAGACCCUCCAGGAGAACAUUAGCAGUAGUUGCAGUACAGUGGAGUGUCGGGCUUCCGCCCAGGCAGACCUCCUCUCCUCCACCUCCUCUUCCCUGGCCUCCUCUCUGCGUCAGACCACCGACGAGAGCCUGCAGACCCUGGACGAGAUGACGGGCUGCUGCUCUCACCUGCACGGUGCCGUGUCAGGUUUGGCCGAUCGUGACCUUCAGUGGAGCUCCAGAACCAGGGAGCAGGCAGAGACUACAGCCGAGCAACACCUAUCUCUAAUGGGGACAGUUUCUACUGAAGCUCAGGCACUGCGUCAGAGUGUCGAGAAGCGCUGCACUGAGCAGCUCCAGACAGCCGAGCAGCAGCUGUCCGGUCAGCAGGAGGAGAUGAAGCAGGCUGUGAUGGCCAUGCAGAACCAGACCUCCCUGAACCGGACUGUCUUGGACCAGCAGCAGACUGAGCUGCAGGACCAUGUGGAGACGAGCCAAGGGCUGGUGAACGGCUUCCUGCAGAAAGAGCUGCAGCAGGAUGUUUCUACUGGUGCCACCCCUCAGCGUCGGGAGUUUGUGUAUCCCAAGAAGCUGGUGAAAUCCCAGAGCCGCAUUGAGCUGCUGGAGAGCCUGAGGAGGCAACAAGAAGAGCUGCGGGCAGCUGUGGAAGAAGAGGAAGAGGAAGAGGAAGAGGAGGAAGACAAGCUCAGUCAAGUCGAUCAUGACUCUCUCGAUGACGAGCUGAGUACAUGUAAUGAAAGCUUGGCCACAGAGCCGUCCUUCAUUGAUGAGAACCUCGUCUUCAACGAAAGCAAACGCGUUCCCUUCUUCAAGCAAAAGAAGGGCGGGAAGAAGGAGACAAAGCUCCCCAGCAGGCAGAAAGCAACAGAAAACGAAACUCCAUCAACGCCUCAGAAAUCCAGACUGCCUCUCCGCUGUCAAAACUAAAACAGUUUUAAUAUUUCUUUUCUUUUUAUCUGUGUUUAUUAUUGUCUAACUCUGACAUCACUUUGUCUUUGUAAUGUUAGCUUUCUUAUGAACUGUCAUUUGUUUUAGUACUUUCUCAAUAUUUUCAAGUUGCUUGUAAAAUUAAAGAGAUUUAUACUUGUUUUACA